AUGUCGGAUACAACAUUUAUCACAGAUAGUAUUGGAAAUGACCUACAGGUGUCCUCUGAAACUGCGAUGUUAAGUUUGACUACAAUGACAGAUUCCAAGACAAUUCCAUGUAGGAAAUUCAAGAAUCUUGUCGUUCGAGGUUUUAAGUCAGCAGUAAAGAUACCUCUUCCUGCUGCAUACUCCAGGGACUCCAUCCCUCUUGAUGAAGCUCAUAUCCCCACAGAAGAGACAGCCAACAAGUGGACUCACUUAAACAAUAUCUCGAACCAGCUCGCACCGAAGCAAGAUUGCCCCAUAGGUCUGCUCAUUGGAUACAAUUGUGCCCGUGCUCUUGCACCAAAGAAUUGCAUUCUUGGAAAGAAUGAUGAGCCAUUUGCAGUAGAGACGGAGUUGGGAUGGAGCAUCGUCGGUGGUUCUCAGAACGACUCCACAGAGAGCUUUGACACGAUUGGGCAGACAUAUCGUACUGUCAAUGUGAAGGUAGCAGAUCCUAGUCUGACAGACAGUCAGUCUAAUGUGAAGUACAUUUACAAGACACAGUUAAAGGAAGUUACUGCUGGAGACUUCCUUCAGAUGAUGGAAAGAGACUUUCAUGAAUUAGACAGAAAGGAAACGAUGUCUCAGGAAGACAAGAAAUUUCUAAAGAUCAUCAAAGAUGGAAUCCACCAAAGGGAUGAUGGGUAUUAUGAAAUGCCCUUACCUUUCAAGAAGGGUGAACCUGAUCUGCCUGACAAUCGGAAAGCUGCUAUGAGCCGACUUCACGGAUUGAAAAAUCAGUUCCUGAAGAGACCAAAGUACCAUGAACACUACAUGACUUUCAUGAAUGAGAUUCUUAAGCGAGGUGAUGCUGAGAAGAUUCCCACAGAUGAAGUGUCUACUUCAAGCAGUUGGUAUAUACCACAUCAUGGUGUAUAUCACCCUAAAAAGCCGAACAAAGUCAGGGUCGUAUUCGACUGUAGUGCUCGAUACCAAGGAACCUGUCUGAAUGAUCAUCUUCUACAAGGGCCCGACCUGAUCAAUCCCCUUAUCGGAGUUCUGUGUAGAUUUCGCCAAGCACCUAUAGCCUUCACUUGCGACGUAGAAAAGAUGUAUCACCAGUUCCGUGUGACGAAGGAACAUCAAGACUAUCUCCGUUUCCUGUGGUGGGAGGAUGGGGAUCUCUCUAAGCCCCCAGUGGAUUAUCGAAUGAAGGUCCAUCUCUUUGGAGCCACUUCUUCUCCGGGAUGUGCAAACUUCGGGCUGAAGCAAAUAGCAGAAGACCACAAAGUCCUUGGUGUAGAAGCUGCAGAAUUUUUGAAGAGGAAUUUCUACGUCGAUGAUGGCCUUAAAUGUGUAUCCUCUGAAGAAGAUGCCAUUGACCUUAUCAAGAAGGCAGUGUCUAUGUGUGCCAAAGGUAACCUGCGUCUUCAUAAGUUUGUCUGCAACAAUCAACGAGUGACAAGCAGUAUCCCCGAAUCGGAACGAACUGUUGUUGCAAAGACUAGUCUGGAACUCGGUCAACAAGGCUCCACAUCAAUUGAAAGAGCACUUGGGAUACAAUGGUGCAUCAACUCAGAUGAAUUCUGUUUCAGACUAACCCUCAAGGAUCAUCCCCUGACAAGACGCGGAAUUCUUGCCACCGUUGCUUCCAUUUACGACCCACUUGGUUUGAUUGCACCUGUGGUUCUUGUUGGAAGACAGAUUGUCCAGGAAAUGUGUAGACAAAAGAUGGACUGGGACCAUCCUGUUCCUGAAGAUCUCCGUCCACAAUGGGAAAAGUGGAGACUUGAGAUUCUGAAACUUCCCAAAGUUACGAUCCCUCGUUGCUUCGAACCACAAGACUUUGGGACACCUCAGGAAGUGCAGCUCCACCACUUUUCAGACGCCUCCUUAUCAGGAUACGGUCAGUGCUCCUAUGUGCGUCUAAAGGAUGAAAAUGGCAAGGUCCACUGCUCCUUAGCCAUGGCAAAGGCAAGAGUGACUCCUCUAAAGCCAACAACAAUCCCAAGGUUAGAACUCCAGGCAGCUACCUGCUCCGUGAGAAUUGCUAGUAUCCUAAAUGAUGAACUUGACUACGAUUCUCUCACGCACCACUUCUGGACAGACUCAAAAGUUGUUCUUGGCUACAUAUACAACGAGACUAGGCGCUUCCAUAUGUAUGUUGCCAAUCGUGUUGAACGCAUACUUCAGACUUCAUGCCCAGAACAAUGGAAUUAUGUAUCCAGUGCUGAGAAUCCUGCUGAUCAUGCUUCUCGAGGAUUGACGACAGAAGAAAUGCUAUCAUCCAACUGGCUUACAGGACCUACCUUUCUUUGGAAGAGUGAGAUUCCUACACAAGAUGUCGAUGUUGAGGUUUCUCCUGACGAUGUUGAAGUGAAAUCAGCAGCUACUGUUCAUGUUACACAGGUGGAGAACUUCACAUAUUUCGAAGAUAGAUUGACUCGGUUCUCCAGUCUUCAUAAUGCAGUGUCAGCAGUUGCAGUGAUAGUAAAGUGCUGCUACAGAAAGAAGGACCUGAGCAUUGAUGAAGUAGAAGCAAGACGAAUAGCGGAAAGGAAUAUUAUCCGUGCAAUUCAGAAAGAAGCGUUUCGUGAAGAAAGGAAGCAAAUCGAGUCAGAUCCCUCAGUCGGUUCAAAGUCCAACACAUUGAAGCAGCUUGACCCUUUCCUUGAUAAUGACAAUUUUCUACGGGUGGGAGGUCGGUUGAAAAAGGCCGAGAUGAUGUAUGGUGCGAAACAUCCUAUCAUCCUACCAAAGCGAAGCCAUCUAUCCAACCUCGUUGCCUUGCACUAUCAUCAAAGAACUGCACAUCAAGGAAGAAAUCUGACCAUCAAUGCCAUUCGUUCCAGUGGAUAUUGGAUCAUUGGUUGCAGGAGUAUUGUCUCAUCUCUAAUCAGCAAGUGUGUAAUCUGUAUCAAAUCCCGAGGCAAGCCAAGAGGACAAAAGAUGGCCGAUCUACCUCAGGAUAGAGUAGAGCCUUCUCCUCCUUUCACCUACUGUGGACUUGACUGUUUUGGUCCCUUUACUAUCAAGGAAGGAAGAAAGGAGAUAAAGCGAUAUGGGCUCAUUCUUACCUGUAUGGCUAUGAGGGCCGUACAUAUCGAAAUGCUAGACGAUCUGUCCACCGAUGCAUUUCUCAAUGGACUAAGAUGUUUCAUUGCUAUCCGGGGAAAUGUUCGCCUCAUUCGCUGUGAUCAAGGAUCUAACUUCAUUGGAGCCAAGCAUGAAUUGAAAAAAGGCCUCCGUGAAUUAGAUGGAGAUCGCGUUGCCACUCAAUUACUGAAACUUGACUGCGAAUUCAAGAUGAACCCUCCUUCUUCAAGUCACAUGGGAGGAAUCUGGGAACGACAAAUCAGGAAUGUCAGAAAUGUUCUCGAUGGAAUACUAGAACAGUCAGGAACUCAACUAAAUACAUCCUCUCUUCGAACGUUCCUGUACGAAGCUAUGGCUAUCAUCAAUAGCAGGCCAUUGACAGUUGAAGAUCUGGAAUGUGCGGAUGGUCCACUCCCCUUGACUCCGAAUCAUGUCUUGACCAUGAAGUCAGGUAUUGUGAUGCCCCCACCAGGAAAAUUUGAGAGAGAAGACCUCUAUCUCUCAAAAAGAUGGAGACGUGUGCAAUACUUAACAGAUCUCUUUUGGAUUCGUUGGAAGAAAGAGUAUCUUCACACCCUCCAAACCAGGAAGACCUGGCCAAAACAACAGCGAAACUUCGAGGUAAAUGACAUAGUCAUGCUACAAGACGAUGGUCUUUGUAGAACACACUGGAGUAUAGCCAAGGUUGUUCAGACUUUCGUAAGCGAUGAUGGCUUUGUUCGUCGAGUUAAACUUCUCAAGGCAACUCCGGACUUAGACAAGAAUGGAAAACCUCUCCAAAAGAGAACUGUGCUUGAAAGACCUGUCCACAAGCUGAUCUCCUUAGUCCCUAACUCCGACUAA